UGUUUCACUCCAUUCCAGAGAUGUCUGUCUUGAGCAGAACUUGUGCGCUGGUGGGAUGGUAUUUUAAUUAAAGAAGAUUUUAGAAUUUAUUAUUACACGAGGGAAGUAUAACCUUCGUUAUGAUAUACUGUAUAAUGUAGGGCAAAAUUUAGAUAUGCAAUAUUAAUGGUUUAGCUACUGAGAGAGUUCAUCGUUUAGAUGCAAGAGAAUUCGGAAAUAUACAUCAGUUUUCUCCGGUCAACCGUAACCGCCCUGUCAAAAAAAAAGCCCUGGGCAAAUGUUUUUCCACGUGGUACAACUUUGACUACCGCCCAUCUACCCCAUCCCAAUAGGCUACUUCAACUGCCAAUUAAAAGACGUCACCUCAGUGACUAUUUUAAGGAAGUUGUGAAUUGCUGAAAUGAGAUGAAAAAAGUUCAGUCUUUAGUUAUUUUAAUGUAUUAAAAUACUGGAUUUAGAUAACAGGCUUGCAUUAGUGCGUGUAUUUGAAAUUUAGAUCGCCGCAGCGAAAGGACAGUAGUGAUCUGCUGUUAUACAACACACACAGUGAGAUUUAUUUCCGUGUAACCUUAGUUAUACGUGAUAACUUGUAUGUAUCCUGAUUAUAUCACAACCGGUCUAAAACCACAAUAAGGAUACCUCUGCAGUAAAAGCCCACGUAAUCCAGGAUGUUGGUGGGUUUGUUUUUGUGUGUCCUGGCUGUGGAAGUUGGAUUAGGCGUUUGUGAGGACACUGGGAACAUGACCGCACUCCAGAACACCUCCGGCCCCCCGCUGCUGCUCGUCUCCUUUGACGGGUUCAGAGCAGACUACCUAAAGAAGUUUAACUUUCCAAACCUGCAGAAGUUCUUCUUUUCAGACGGGGUUGUCGUGGAGCAGCUCACCAAUGUCUUCGUCACCAAGACCUUCCCCAACCAUUAUAGCAUCGUCACUGGCCUCUAUGCCGAAAGCCAUGGAAUGCUGGCUAGCACCAUGUACGACCCAGUAACAAAAAAGAAUUUCUCGAUCGCCAAUGAUUCCGACCCCUUCUGGUGGAACGAAGCUACUCCUAUUUGGGUGUCGGCCCAGAAGCAAGGAUACAAGACCGCGGCGGCCAUGUGGCCGGGGACUGAUGUACCGAUUCACAACAUGACGUCGACAUAUUACCUGCGCUACGAUUCCAAGGUGACUUUUCAGGAGAGAGUGGGGAACCUCACCAAAAGGCUGACCGAGGAUGAGACGGUGAAGUUUGCUGUGCUGUAUUGGGAGGAGCCUGAUCAUGCAGGCCACUUGUACGGGCCGGACAAUACAACAGAGAUGGGCAAGGUUUUGAAAGAUGUCGAUAACCUGAUUGGAUUCCUCGUUGACAAACUGAAUCAGUCUGGACUAUGGGGCAAAAUGAAUGUCAUUAUUACAAGUGACCAUGGGAUGACCCAAUGUUCCAAGGACAGGUUAAUACACUUAGAUAAGUGUAUUGAUAGUGCAAAUUACACCAGUGUGUACCUCACUCCUGUGGCUGCCAUCAUACCACUGACAAAUGCUACACAGGUGUACAAUGCGCUGAAGGACUGUCACCCCAAUAUGAAAGCAUACCUGCAAGCUGAAAUUCCUGAUAGGUUUCAUUACAGGGACAAUGAGAGGAUCCAGCCAAUUAUUCUGGUGGCAGAUGAAGGCUGGACGAUUGUUCAGGAGGAAAGCCAUCUACGAUUGGGCGACCAUGGCUAUGAUAAUGCAUUGCCUAGCAUGCAUCCGUUCCUGACGGCCCAUGGGCCUGCCUUCAAGAAGGGCUACAGGAUGUCUAGCUUGAACAUCGUGGACAUUUAUCCUUUGAUGUGCCACCUUCUGCACAUGGAGAAGAUGCCCAACAAUGGCAGUUUCUAUAAUUCUCACUGCCUGCUUGUCGACGAGAGGUGCACCGAUCUUCCUGAAGUCAUCGGCAUAGUGAUCGGUGUGCUGAUGGUCCUGACCACCCUGACUGGCCUAUUUGUGCUGAUGAAGAACAGAACGCCGUCAUCCUCUCGGCCGUUUGCUCGUCUGGAGCUACAGGAUGACGACGAUGAUGAUCCACUGCUGGGGUAGGGGAGUUCAACUUUGCAGUCUGCACAACACCGCUGCACAACUGCUGUUACAGAGGAGUAAAUGAGAUCGGUCUGCAUGGGAAUAUGAAAAAGAAGCUUAUUUUAAAUCUCAGGACAUUCAGACUGCCUGCACAUGGUUUUGAGCAAUUAACAUUUAUUUUCUAUAUUGUUUCAUAAUCUAACACCUACUUAAUAAUUAAAUUAAAUAUUUCCAACAUUUUAAUCCUUAUCUGCAAGCCUUGAUGGGGCCCAGAGGAUAUACUGUAUACUGGGACUAAUGGCUUUUCCUGUCCAUCAUCUAUGCUAGGGCAUGGCUUUAGCUCUACAAUCCAGGACAGCAUGCAGUGUUUUCAGUAUAGAAGGCUACCAUUGCAUUAUACUUCAUUAAUUUAAGUGUCUGGAUGUUUACACAUCAACACUGCAGGGGAAAAGGUUGAGGUGUAGUUGGUGUACCAGCAAACUUCAUUAAUAAAAUCUAAUGGGAUUUAUUUUUGGCCCUGCAAACGGAAUUUCAUACUGAAUGGAGGGACUGAAGGGCCCCCUCGGAAUAAAAGAUUCGAUUGUUUUUUUCCCACUCAACCAGAGUAUGCUCUUUGCAAAGGGAACUGCCAGUGGCUUAGGGAAUUAAACUAGGCCUGUGAAUGAGAAUAGUUUUAAUUCUUGAGUUGGAGGCCAAUGAAGUGAAGGGGUAAAGGAAUGAAUAUUUUGGCUCACAAAGAAAGAUUGGAAGAAAUGUUUAAAAACAUGUUUUUGCUAGAUUCUCAGGAACAAGUCUACAAAAGAAGAAUGUUCGAAACACCUUGUGAGGGCGGCUGUCCCUUAAAAUUGAUUUUCUAAUGCUGUGAUCCCUAUUUAGUAAUCAGCUAUUGCUGUUGAUAGAAAGAACUGUAAAGGCAAAGAGACCUCUGGCCUUUUAAAGAUAUUUUUAUUUUAAAUGCCAAAUGUUUGAAAACAUGAGUACGAUUUAAAGAAUUGUUGAGAUUUAAGUACUUUUAAAGUCGGAAAUUUCUUUUAUGCCUCUGACCUUUAGUUGAAUGCAAAGAUACGGUGUACCAGAGUCUCAUAAGCUGAGGGCACUUCUCUAAAUAAAAUUGCAUGUACAAUUUGUGAAUUUAAACAAAGCCAUCAAAAAGAAAAAGUGUAAAAUGCCUUGGGAUUUACUUGAGUUCACACUUGUUACAGUUGUGUAUUGGCUGUUAUCUGGAGCAAGUUUGCACUUACAUUAUUUAUGUUUUAUAUUGCCUGCACUUUAAGUGUUGAAGGAAUUAGGUCAUGUUUGUGCUUUUAUGUUAGACUGAAUAUUGACUCAAUCAGUAAAUGGAAAAAA